ACAUUUCUUACACGCGUGGUUGAUGCAGCUCGACAUUGCGCACCUUCAAAUUCUCAGGCGACACGAGGCAUAUGCGUGGUCUGGCGAGGUCACUUCAUUAUAAUGAACCUUGGGCGUGGUCAAUUAGUCUUGAGCUGCUCCACCGUCCUCGCUGCUUCGUCGUCCUUCUCCUCGACCUGCUUCUCCGACUCGACGACGACGUUCGAGCCGAUCUCGACUGGCACAAGCGAGAUACAUGCAACCCAUACCCGUUUCCUUUGGAGGUGCAGGCCACAGUCCCGUUUUUCCUUCAGGGGGAGGCAGUGGCCGGCGGUUAUCUGAUCCCAAAGCUGCAGCUGCCCUGGGCUACGGCCAGCUAGGGUCAGGGGUCCGCAUCUCAACGUCGACGACCACCUUCCACAGCCAUCGCAGCCACCACAGUCACACAUCCGCCUCCAGCUACAGCUCAUCCUCCAGCUCAGGCUCUUCAGCUGCUGCUGUCGCCGUUGCUGCUGCCGCGGUAGACGCAUACGGUGACUAUCACAUCCCCACGAGCCUCUGUGACGCCCAGCUCGAUCAUCCCAAGACAUCGAGGCGUCACCCCAAGCGCUCCGGGAUUCCACACGCAGGUGCACAUAAGAGGCCGAGUGCGCGCAGGAUGCAGUCCGAUCAUGGAGGGGAGACCGCGCUGAGGACCGCCGUGUCCAAGCUCAUUGCCGUCAAGGCGAGACCGUUCACCGUCUCUGGCCAGAUCCCGCUCGAUCCAACCACAUUGGUGCUCUUCUUCCGAUCCAAGAGCGGGAUAACCCACUCGCUCGACUUUCCUGUCGACGUCGACUACGACACACCACCCGCUCUAGACGUCCUCAUCUCUGCGUGCCAGAGCACGCCCAUCCCCGAUGCUGUUGACUCGUUCUAUUACCCCUCCCAGCUCCCUCUUACGGCCACCGUCGAGAUCGCGAACCACCCGAUCACCGAUGCCCUCCGCAACACCCUCUUCCCCCUGAUGCCGCCUGGUACGCACCUCAUCGCCGUGCGUGACCGCCUAGAGGUUACAGUUGCCGGAGGCGACAUCGGUCCACAAAGCGCCGCAGGUAUCUUGGGGCACAGCGACGGGCGGAUCGCGACCGUCGUCGUCACUCUGCCCAUCAGGUUCACCGGAGGAGCCCUGGUCGUACGCGACGCGGCAGACAGCAACGAGGAGCGCUUCGGCGGGCGCAGCGAGCCUGGCGAGGACGAUGAGGACGAUAGCAGGGACCCGGAUAUCAUCGAGUGGACCGCGUUCCUCGCCGAGUGCUCGUACGAGGUCGAGCGCGUGAACAGCGGGUGCAGGAUGUGCAUCACGUACGGUAUUCAUGCGCGCUCGUUUGGUGCGGGUCCGGGCGUCGAGCCGCUCAUCGGGCCGAGCGAUCGGUUCUUGGAUUGUUUGAGCCAGGUGCUGAACCUUUCGAGGGGGAGGAAGAUUGCUUUCCAUUUGACGCAGGAGUAUGUGGCGAACCCGGAGGAUGCGCUGGCGGAGACGCUCGUGCCGCAGCUCAAAGGCAGCGACUCGAUCCUCUACCACGCGCUCAAGAUCUACAAGCUCGCGCCCGAGCUGCACUGGGCCGCAGGCGACUUCAUCUGGCCGAUCGACCGCGCCGUCGAUACCGAGGCGCACGACGGCAGCGAUCCCACCAGUCAGCUCCCGUCCUCCGUCCCGCGCACCGGCACGACGCCGCCGUCGUUCCCCGUGCCCGCGCUGCCCACGCCCGUCGCGUCGCCGCUGCGCGCGAUCCGCCACCCGUUCAGCCCGCACAGCGACGUCUCGUCGCUCGCGGAGGACUUUCAGGACGGGCUCGCGUUCGGCUCGCCGACGGACUCGUCGCGGGACGGCGGGUUCCGCGAUCACCGCGAUGGGUUCCGGGAGAGCAGAUCGGACCGCGAGAGGGAGAGGGAGAGCAGGGCGGAGCUGAAGCGGCGUAUGAUGGCGAGCGGCGCGGUUCCGCUCGACGAUGCGGAGAUCACUAUUGCGUCUGAUUGGGCGCCUGGGCCUAUUACGAAGCUGCGUGUGCCGUUCGUGUCGGGGGCGUCGGGAGAGCUGGGGAGGCUGGUGGUGAAUGUGCUGUUGGCGACGUAUGUGCCUUGAUUGUGUAGAGUGUGGGUUUUUGAUCUUGUGGACUUGGCGCUCGACUGCAACGAUGCGUCUGGGGCGUCAUUGGGGAAGAAGACCUUUGCUGUGUUUUCUUUCUCAUCUUUCUUUUCUUUUUCUUCCUGGUAUGUGUGCUUUCUUGUGUCGUGUUAUUUAUGUUAUCUCUGUUCUGUUCUGUUCUUGGGCUCUGGAUCUGCUAUGGAACACCUGAUGCUCUGUUGUACUCGUACUGCAUUCACGCUUAUCUUUCAUCGCUGUACUCACGCAUUUUUUCCCCAUGUAAUCGCCUAUAUCCAAAUGUACUGAACGUCAUCCCGUUCAACGUCGAAGUCCUUAGUGCCGCC